AUGAUGAGCUUCAUAAGCGCAUGGUGUUUAGUGAUCAUCUCAUUAUGUUACACUUAUGUCGUUGCCCAACUGGUUCCAAAAGGAAUCAGAAGGAUGAUACUCUUCAUACCCGUCUUCCUCUAUUUCUUCAUAGUUCCUUUAUCAUUGUCCACCAUACAUUCAAUAGGCAUCACAGCUUUCUUCAUCUGCUGGCUCGCUAACUUCAAGCUUUUUCUCUUUGCUUUAGGAAGAGGUCCUCUCUCUUCAAACCCUAAACCCUUAUCUCUCCCUAUUUUCUUAGCUGUCUCUUGCUUGCCCAUCAAGAUUCAUCUGAUCCCUAAACCUACCACAUCUUACUCCCAUGGAGGAAAUCUCUUAUAUUAUACCAUCAUGGUUACUCUUUUGGUUCUUAUGACAAAGGUCUACGAGUAUAGCACCAAACUCCCUGAAAAAGCUAUAUUGACUCUCUACGCGAUUCAUAUGUAUCUCUUCCUCGAGCUCAUUCUAGCUGCCACGGCCACCCUUGUUCGAGCCAUGUCUGGUCUUGACCUUGAACCACAGUUCAACAGACCGUACCUGGCGACAUCUCUUCAAGAUUUUUGGGGGAGACGGUGGAACCUGGCUAUCAGUGGAAUCCUUAGGCCUACCGUAUAUGAACCGAUGGUUCAGCUCUUCCCUUUCUUGGGCGCGAACUGGUCCCGGGCUCCUGCUGUUUUCUCCACGUUUGUUGUCUCAGGGUUGAUGCACGAGCUCAUCUUCUUCUACUUGGGAGGGUUGAUGCCGGACUGGAAGAUAAUGUGGUUCUUUUUUAUAAAUGGAUGGUUCACGACGUUAGAGAUUGCCAUCAAGAAAAAAGUCAACAGAAAGUGGAGGUUUUCGACAGGAAUCAGUCGUGUUUUGACUUUCCGGUUUGUCAUGAUGACGAGUUUGUGGAUGUUCUUUCCGGUGUUUAAGCGAGUCAAAAUAUUUGAGAAGACUCUUGAAGAGUACGCAUAUGCAGGGGAGAUUGCAGCCGAGAUCAAGAAGAGCAUCAUAGCAUCUCUACUUUAG